AUGGAUUUACACUUUUCCUCUUACGCUUUGCAUCCUGUACAUACCUUGUCUCGAAAUACACGAGAGGAUCUCGUAUCCCUUUGGAUCGCUCUUUCAAAAUGCAAACGGCAGCUUCAAUAUAGCUUGCGUCUUGAAAACAUGACAUGGCGUCUUUGGUAUCGUCAAGCGAUUAUGAACAAAAAGCCCGUUGUAUCAUCACCUGCAAUCUCAGAGCCUACAAGCCAAGAGCUUGCACCUGCUGUUGUGUCAAAACCGCCAACAAAAACUUUAUCACGAUCUCGAUCUUCCCCGACACUCAGUGCCCAAUGCUCUGAAACAGCCAAGCAAUCUAGCCCACCUUCUAGUUCUUCUCCAUCAUCAUCAUCAUCGGCCUCCAACAAGUUCUUUAUCAGUGAUAGUGAAGAUGAAGAGGAUGACGAUGACUAUGAUUAUGAUUACGAUCAAGAAGCAACGACUACGGAUGACGAUGAAAUAUCGAUAUCUGAUUACCCGCUCACACCUGCAGCCACAAGUGAUGAUGCCGGCCUUUUUAUAAAACAGGAAAUUCCACCCUACCAAUCUAUCGGAUCACGGACAUCGAUGCUUGCCGUGAUGCUAAACCAACAACAACAGCAGCAAAGAGAUACUACUACCACGUCAACUAGCCCAAAGGUGGCUUCAGGUCUUCGUCGGUGUGAUGCACGUAUCGAAAGAUUAGACCAAUGGUUCACCUCUACAAGAGCCUAA